GACGAGAAUAGUAGACAGUUUUUUUUUCUCAACUUCCAACGAACAAACCCCAGAAUGAAAGGAAUUGCCUUUUCAACACUAAAUCAAUGGUGCCCUCAACCCAAGAUAAACCCUUCUUCAAUUGAUCAAACAACAUCUUUCAACCCCAACCCACGAUUUCACUUCUACAACCAUCAAACCCCAUCAAGUAAAACAACGCCGUUUCCUUGUUUCGCCAUAAAUCGAUCUGAAACACCGGCUCAGUCAACCCCCCUUCCGAGCUCACCGCCUCUUGUUGUGGUGGGUUCGGCCAAUGCCGACAUCUACGUGGAGAUCGAUCGACUUCCCGCCGAGGGUGAGACCAUUUCAGCAAAGACAGGGCAGACCCUCGCCGGAGGAAAGGGCGCUAACCAGGCCGCUUGCGGCGGCAAGCUCUCUUAUCCGACUUACUUCGUGGGUCAAGUCGGUGAUGACGCCCAUGGAAAGUUGAUUACUGAGGCUCUUGAAAAUGGUGGGGUUUGUCUUGAUCGGUUGAGUACUGUGGAUGCUUCGCCCACUGGGCAUGCUGUGGUGAUGCUCCAAUCGGACGGUCAGAAUUCGAUCAUCAUUGUUGGUGGUGCUAACAUGAGUUGUUGGCCUGAUUCUCUUUCUGAUGAGGAUUCUGAGCUUGUUAGGAAUGCUGGGAUUGUUUUGCUUCAGAGGGAGAUUCCGGAUCCAGUCAACAUUCAAGUUGCCAAGGCUGCCAGAAGUGCUGGAGUUCCAGUAAUUUUGGAUGCUGGAGGAGUGGAUUCUCCAGUCCCACAGGAACUGUUGAAUUUAGUUGAUAUUUUUAGCCCAAAUGAAAGCGAACUUCGUCGUUUGACUGGAAUGCCAACUGAAACAUUUGAACAGAUUAGUCAAGCUGUAUAUAAAUGUCAUGAAAUGGGUGUUAAGCAAGUCUUAGUGAAGCUCGGGGCGAAAGGGUCUGCACUUUUUACAAAAGGAGAAGAACCAAUCAAACAACCAGUCAUAUCAGCUGAGAAAGUUAUAGACACUACAGGAGCUGGUGAUACCUUUACUGCAUCUUUUGCUGUAGCUUUUGUGGAGGGAAAAUCCAUGAAGGAAUGCUUGAGAUUUGCAGCCGCGGCAGCCUCGCUAUGUGUUCAAGUGAAGGGAGCCAUUCCUAGCAUGCCUGACAGAACAUCAGUUUUGAAUCUUCUUCAUUCUGGUUGAGUGGUAUUGAAUCCAAUGACUGGCACUCUAAAUUUUCAUCAUAAGCAAGCAUUGAUGCAAGCCACAACUAGUUCAUGACCAAGUUUCCAUUUGUCUUUAAUUAUGACGUGACCAAUAAAUAAACUGUCAUGUUAUGCUUGUAAAGAGACAAUGGAAUUCAACUUAAUAAAACGACCUUAACUCAACAA